CUUCGCUCUCCUAUCCCUAUCCCUUAAAGGAUUUAAAUCUCGCAUUUCCACCAUAAGUGCCCUAGCAAAACCCUAACCCUGAAUUCUACCAAUCCGAUUUUUCUUUCAUCACAGCCUUAAAAAAGAAAAAAUGGCGAAAAAAAAAGUGACCCGUCAAGCUGAAAAUCACAAAGAAGAAGCCGCUCAACCCCAAGACCAAAGCCAAACCCACCAAGCCAAACCAAUGGAUGACCCUUCAGAGAAGCUCCAGAACCUCAAGUCCCUCAACUCUCUGCUUCUCAAAGAAACCUUUGAGCGUAGGCAGCAGGUUGAGUCGUUGGAACAGGCCAAGCAGGCCUUGGAGGCCGAGUUGAAUCGCUCUGGGAUGGAGAAGGCGGCGCUGGAGGCUGAGUUGACUUGGGCGAGUGAGGAGAGUGUUGGGUUGGAGUUGGAGAAAAGUGUGAUUUUUGCUUUUUGGGAGACCCAGAUAGUUGAAAUCGGUGUUGGGUUUGAUGGGUUAGCGAGAGAGAAGGGUGAGAUUGAGAAAAUGAAGUGUGAAAGAGAGGCUGAGAUUGGGUUCUUAAAGAAAGAGGCCAAUGAGCUGGUGGCUAAUCUUGAGAAUGAGAGAGGUAGGCUGAGCCGGGUGUGCCGGGAGAGGGAUUUGCUUAAGACUGAGAUUGAUGGUCAUGUUCAGGAGGCAAAUGGGUUGAGAGAAAAUGUGGUUGAGAUGGAGAAAAAAGACAAGAAAAGUGUGGGAGAGAUUGAAAAACUGAAAGUGGAAUGUGAAGGGUUAUUGAAGGAAAAAUUGGAGACAGAAAAGGCCGUCAAGGCCUUGAAGAGGGAGAAAGAAUCGGUUCAGAGGAAUUUGGAGCAGUCGAUGGAGGUGAUUAACAGUUUGAAGAGUGAGAUUGAGGGGGGUAUGACGGCGAAGAGUGAGGUUGAGAGGGAGAGAACUACGCAAGAAGUCAAGAUUGGUGAACUGGAGAAAGACGUGGGGGAAUUGAAUGGGAUUGUAAUGACUUUGCGGGGGGAGGAGGAAAUUUUGCACGCAAAAGUUUUGGAGUUGAAGAAAAUGAUUGGCCAAGCUAUGGAUAAGGAGAAAGAGAUGGCAUUGCAGAUUAAUGUGUUGGUGGAAGAGAAGAGGGAGAAGGAACAGAAUAUUGAUAAGUUGAAAGAUCAAAGGGAUUCGGUCCAGAGGAUUUUGGAUAUGACUAGCAAGGAAUCAGAGGGUAGGCUGCAUAAGAUUGAGGAAUUGAUUCGAGAGGAAAGUGAGAUUGGGGAACUGAAGCUUAGCCUAGAGAGUAAAAUUGUUCAGCUGGAAACAGAAGUUGAUAGUCUAAGGAGUGCUAUAUCUACGUUGCGGGAGUCUUGUAGAGGUGAAGCAGAGAAGAACAAACAAUUAGUGUUUGAAGUUGGUCGCCUUAGGGAUGCUUUUGAUCGACUUACACUUGAGAGAGAUGAGGUGCAAAAGGGUUUUGACGAGGAGAAAAAGAAAGUGAAAAGCAUGGAGGUAGUGGUUUUAGAGAAGGAGAAGAGGAUUGAAGAAACUGUGGAAGAGCUAGGGCAGAUGAGGAGUGAGCGUGAGAAUUUGAUUGAGAGAAAUAAGGCGAUAGAAAGCGGUGUGGAAGUUUUGGUGAAAGAAAAAGAUUUGGUGCAGAAGAACCUUGUUGAAGCCCAACGUGGAAUUGAUGAUUUGAAGGCUAAAAUGGAAUCCGCAGGCAUUAAUUCAAAACGGGCAUUGAGCAUGAUGAAGAACACCGCAGCAUUGGUGUGUCAUUCUACUGAUGAUAGGGAUGGUAAGGAAGAAGUGGUUAUCAAUGAGCAGAAGCUAGAGGAAGAAAUUCAACCGUAUGCGGUGGAGUUGGACGCCAUCAAGAUUGCUUUCAGAAACAAGGAAAAGCUGGUGGAGGAUAUGAAGAAACAGCUUGAUUUUCUCCAGAGCUCUGUGGCUGAGGCACAUAAGAGGAAGAGUUUCUGGACUAUGGUUUCUUCUGCAACUACAAUUCUUGCUGCAGCAUCUGUUGCUUAUGUUGCCAGAGGACGCUAAGCAGUUAAGUUUUGGUUUUUAGUACGACAAGUUGCUUUUGGUUCUAGGAUCAACUAAUUAAGUUCCAGUUGACGAGAAAACUAAUGGCGUUUUGGUACUUUUGGACUACUAAGAUAAUAAUGUUUCUUUUCCAGCUGCUGAAAUUACUAUCUCGGAAAAUCAGUUUAACUGCUUCUCUUUUUCGGUUAUAUGAAACAAUCGUUCUUAUGAUGAUAGCAUAUGUUCUUCCUA